GUAGAAAAAUAUGAAUUCGUGGGGAGAAAGCCCCAACCUUUUCCAAAAGCAGUAUAUUAGAGCAGCGACACUAAGGAGAUGAAGAAGCACGUUACAAGAAUGGGAUUGGGUGGUGUGGCGGCAGCCUCCUUGUGUGGUGGUGAUGCUGAGAGAUAGAGAGAUGAAGGAGUAGACUGAGAGAUCGAAGAGAGCGAGAAGAAAACAAAAGGGUGGUGUGAGGAGGAGGAAAUCACCGUACAAUGGGACGAGGUGAAGACCUGGUGGCCAUGUCUUGCAGUUGGCGACAUUUUCUUGUUUUGUUGUGCUCAACAUGGGAAGCUGCAGGAGAAAAAUAGAUGUGUUGCUUUGUUUCGAUGAGCAAAAACAUAGAAAACCCGCUAUUUACUUGUCCGUGGAGGAGGUAUGGGAUUGAGCACGGCGGUGUUGGGUGGCUUUACCGUGGGCUGGGGUCUUGCUUCCCUUUGGCCAUGCUUGAUGUAGCCACUGAUGCUGCGUGGGUUGCGGACGCUGUUGGUUACGGAGGUUGUUCAUAGUGAUCUCGUGGCUCACUGUAAGGGAGUGGAGAUUUUGAUGGGAGAGGAGAGAUGUCGAUGGCAAUGGUUUCAGCCACGAGAGGAGAUUUCGAUGGAAAGAAGAGAUUUCAAGUUUCGGUCUUCCCGCUCUAGAUGCACCCUUUGAUGAAGAGGAAAUCAACUUGCCACUCCAGACGCACUGCAAAUCUCUCUUUCAAUGAAACACGCCAUUUCAUUUGACAUGGCAGUAUUGGUGUGCAAUUUGGUAUCUGAGUUACCUAUGCCAUUAAAGCCGCACUUUGGUAAAUCCUCCGAAAAAUGUUCCCAUGCUUCCUGAUUCUGCAUUAGCAAGCUUGAUCUGCAUCACCUAGAAUGAUAAAGAUUUGAGAGAAAUUAAGGGGUUUAAAGGCAAAAAUACUGCUGCCCAGAAACAGGUGUCCACAGGGUUGCUGCAAAGAUGGCAGGGCCAAGCUCUGCCAGUUGACAAUUGCAGAAAAAAGCUGCGGGAUUUUGAUAUGCGCAACCUCGCAGCGGAGCCGAAUGCGUACAUGGAAUGGGAGGAAGAGAAAUGCGGGAAGACAAGAAACGUUGCGUUUGGUUGAAAGAAGAGAGGAAGACAGCACGGGGACGCAAUGGUUCAAGUUCAAAAAUUCGACCUCAAAUGCAUGCCAGCAGUGCAGUAGCGGAUGCUCUCUUUAAAUUUCGAGAAAAAGAGAAAACAGGACUCACACAAUCCAAGAGAAACUCCACAGACAGAAAGAGAGACAGAGACCGGAAACGAAACGAAAUCCCCUUUCCGGAGGCGAUUUCCUUCGCCCUGAACGUGAUAAUCGUGGAUGGCGAACGGUGGAAAUGAACGUUGGGGGACUAUGACGGUGUUGAAGAUGAACCUGAAUCGCACCGCGACGACGCCCUACCAUAAUAAUCGCCGAAGCCGUCCGUGGAGUCAUAGCCGCACGCGCACUGCCCUCGUGGCCGUCAUGGUGCUCCUCCUUUCCACCGCCGCCUGGCUCUCUCUAGUCUUCUCCGGUACCACCACCCACUGCUGGCACCGGUUUAAGGAUUGGGAAGGCAGCCCCCAUUCUCUCCAUUGGGCCUGGAGAAACCGUCGUCGUUCCCAUCUUCCUUCUUCUUCAGGCUUCUCCUCGCCCUCGUUGCCGCAUCGGUUUUCCCCUCACAAUCGCACCCGGGGGGGUGAUUUGUCCCUACGACACGUCGUGUUUGGCAUAGCCGGUUCCUCGCGGCUCUGGAAACGGCGCAAGGAAUUCGUGAGGCUCUGGUGGCGUCCCCACGACAUGCGUGGCCACGUCUGGCUGGAAGAGGCGGUGCCUCGCGAGGAGGGGGAUGAUUCCUUGCCUCCCGUCAUGGUUUCAGAGGAUAUAUCUCGCUUCCGCUACACCAAUCCCACCGGCCACCCUUCUGGACUCCGCAUUUCCCGCAUAGUCACCGAGUGCUUCCGCCUGGGCUUACAGGAUGUACGCUGGUUCGUUCUGGGAGACGAUGACACGGUUUUCAAUGCUGAUAAUCUCGUCGCUGUUCUCCGCAAGUACGAUCCAUCCGAGAUGGUUUACAUCGGGAGCCCAUCAGAGAGCCAUUCUGCCAAUACCUAUUUCAGCCACUCCAUGGCUUUUGGUGGUGGUGGGAUCGCUAUCAGCCGUCCGCUGGCCGAGGCACUCUCCAACAUUCAGGAUGACUGCCUCGACAGGUAUCCAAAGCUCUACGGAAGUGAUGAUCGACUCUAUGCCUGCAUUUCUGAACUCGGCGUUCCCCUAACAAGGGAACUUGGCUUUCACCAGUGGGAUAUUCGGGGUGAUGCACACGGUCUUCUAUCCUCUCACCCCAUUGCCCCUUUUGUCUCAAUUCACCAUGUCGAUGCUGUUGAUCCUUUUUAUCCGGGCUUGAGCUUGCUGGAGAGCUUGAAACUCUUUGCAAAGGCCAUGAGGCUCGAACCCAGAAGUUUCUUGCAGCGAUCAAUCUGCUAUGACCGAGCACGUAGCCUCACUUUUUCAGUCUCACUUGGUUACGUGGUUCAAGUUUUCCCAAACAUCGUUCUCGCCCGUGAACUGGAACGUUCAGAGCUGACCUACUCUGCAUGGAACAAAAUACGUGAGAGGAACGAAUUCGACUUCGACACUAGGGAUCCUUACUCAUCUGUGUGUAAGAAACCUAUCCUUUUUUUCUUGAAAGAUGUAACAAGACAAGGUAAUGCUACAUUGGGUUCAUAUGCGCGGGCCAGAGGAAGAGAAGAUUUGAAGAGGAAAGUUAUCUGCUUUCCACGUUCGGUUCCUCUCCGCUACGUGAGCAAUAUUCAGGUCGUUGGGUAUCCAUUGAGCAAGAAUUGGCAUUUGGUACCUCGUCGGUUAUGUUGCAAAUUGAAUCAAACCUCCGAAGAAGGUCUUAGAUUAACAGUUGGACAGUGUGGGAAGGCAGUUUUUAGUUCUGUCACCGAUUUUGCUUGACUAUCGGCUAGGAUAGAGGCGCUUCUGUCUACUCUUCUGCUGAUUUGGAUAUAUGAGAACUACCUGAGGGGGGGUGUCUUCAUUGUCGUUUGUUUUGUAAUGCUCGAACCCAUUGACUACUGCCUUCCAGCGGUCAUGUAUCAUCUGAGAUCCGACAUUUGACAAUACAUUCAUUCUCAUAGAAUGCAGAUAUGAGGGUACUAUGUUCACAAAGUUCAGUUGAA